GGUAGAACACGGGACAGGCAGCUCUCUCGCCUCUAGGAGGGUAUGAGCUGCCAAGCAUUUGCUUCCUCAGACACCUUUGUGCCCUUGAAUUCUGACUCUUCUCCCUCUCUGCCUCUGAUAAUGCAUCACAGCGCUGCAGAGUGCCUGCAGGUCUCCAACCAUACCACCAAUGUUGUGUCUACAGUCCUGUCUGUUUUCUCUCUGCUCCCAACCCGUGCGUGUUGGUGCGUCGGCUUUGCCGCGACAACGCCGCGACGCCCUUGGCCAGGCCUGCACUACUCCGUGCCCUCCUGUCACUAUGGGAAUCAGCCUUCCACCUACGGGGUGAUGACAGGUGGUCUGACCCCUUGCCUGUACAAGUUCCCGGAGCACGCGCUGGGCGCCGGCUCCUGUGCCCUGGGCCACGGCUUCACGGCCCUGCCCCAGCCCCUCCUGACGGACGAGCCCACCGCCACCGACUUCAAGCAGGAGUUCCGCAGGAAGAGCAAGCCCGUGGAGGAGCCCGUGGACAUGGACUCCCCUGAAAUCAGGGAGCUGGAGAAAUUCGCCAACGAGUUUAAGCUGCGGAGAAUCAAGCUGGGUUAUACACAAACCAACGUUGGAGAAGCCCUGGCUGCUGUGCACGGCUCCGAGUUCAGCCAGACGACGAUUUGCCGCUUUGAGAACUUGCAGCUGAGCUUCAAGAAUGCGUGCAAACUGAAAUCCAUCCUGUCCAAGUGGCUGGAGGAAGCAGAACAAGUGGGAGCUUUGUACAAUGAAAAGGUUGGGUUGAAUGAACGGAAGAGGAAGCGCAGAACCACCAUAAGCAUCGCUGCCAAAGAAGCCCUGGAGAGGCACUUUGGAGAACAAAGUAAGCCGUCUUCUCAGGAAAUUAUGAGGAUGGCUGAGGGGCUCAAUCUUGAGAAAGAAGUCGUGAGAGUUUGGUUUUGCAACAGAAGACAAAGGGAAAAAAGAGUGAAGACCAGUUUACACCAGAACGCCUUCAGUUCUAUUAUCAAGGAGCACCAUGAAUGCCGGUGAAGCUUUUCCAUGUACAGAUGUGGAUUUCUGUUUUGC